UUAAAAGCAUUUUACCAUAUCUAAAUACACUUACUGGUCAUAUUUUAAUAUGCAAGUUGUCUGUCUCAACUAUUGUCAUUUCUCAUGUGCAGGUGAAUGCAACUUUCUAUAAACCAGAGGUGCCCACUUCUGGUCCUUAGGACCCCCUGCAUUUCCCAUCUCCCCCAACACUGCCCACACCUGAUACCUACACUUAUGUAAUUUAAUGUAUGUAAAAUAUAUGAUCCACCAGUAUGUGUUGUUGAAAAGUACCCUGAUAAAACAGAUACAUGUAAUUAAAAUAGGAUGUAUGUUUCAUUAUCAAAAUUAAGCUUUUUCAUGAUUUUGUAUAUCACACUCAAAGUCUAAUAGCCUAGAGGCCUUAAUAGAGGGCUCAGUUGUACAUUUAAGGUGCAUACAUGUUUUUGAUUUAUUAUAUAAAGAAGGUGCCGUAUGAAUGGUUUUCAGACCUAUAUGUAAGCAGAUGUUUCAAUAACUUCGUUACCUGUGUGGCAUUAAAGAAGAUCGCACUACUGUUUGACCCCAUUACCACGCCCACGUGUGGAUUGACAGCAUGUCUGGCCCCUCCCCCUGCAAAACGCAGACCUUAAUCCCUGAUAAUCUGCAUCCACUGAAAGCCUGCUGUCAUGGCUGCACCGAAGGAGAGUUUACUGUCUCUUGGGCGUCUGACCGGCACAGAAAGAAACACAAAACAAACAGAGCGCAGUCUAAAAAAGAGUGUCAACAGGCCAGUGCUGUUGCAAGAUGACUUUUCACCUCUUCAGAGUCAUCAACAUCUCAGGGCGAUGCAUCUGCAGCAGCGCUGGCAGGAGCUGAAGGAGAGAGAGCUUACAGCCCGACAACACAACAGGCAGCUGCUGCAGCAGUUUGAGGAAGCCCAGGAAACACUGAGAGAGAUGUUGAGCCUCACUGCUGCCAUGAAAACUAUUCGGAUGGAGUAUGAAAGGUACCUGGCGGAGAACUCCCCCCGCUGGCAGCAGCAACUCAAGGAGAAAACACAGGCUGCUCAGAGGAAGAGGACGGAAGAGUAUUUGAGGUCAUGUCUAAAGAACACAGAAGAACGAGUGACAAAAUCAUUGACGGAUCAACCUUUACUUUCACAAGGCCCUACCUCAAAGCCACAAAAAAUUGCUCCACCUCAAAAGCACUACAACAAAAACAGCCACUUAGACUACAAUCAAGAUGGCUCCCCUCAUCUCCCCUCUUCCUGGCAGCCCCACCCUCAAUCCCAGACGGCUAGGUUUCCCAUCAGAGAGCCCUAUCAACCUCAGGGUUCCUCUCAUGUCCCUCCAUCUUUCCUCUUACCACAUGUAUUCCCACACCCAUUCCAGCUCCACCACCUUACCUCCACCCCCAGUCAUCAUCACCCCUGGCCCAGGCAGAAUCCACCAGGCUGGGUUUCCCAGCAGCCUGACCACCCCUGGUCCUGGACUGCUGGGCCUGCUGGAAUCCCUUCAGGCUCUGAGGCUCUGUGGGGUCGGCUCUACACGGAGGAGCCUCCUCCUGAGAGGGGGGUGGCGCAGGUUGUGGGGGAGGAGGCUGAGACAAGCAGAGCACCGAGCUCAAAGAGAGAGAGAGGUGGUGGAAGCAGGAGCAGUCAUUUAUCUCAGGAGCUGGACAUCAAACCAGUUCGUCUGUCCAGCGGCCAUGCAGAGAGCAGCGAGAGCAGCAGGGAGUCCAGUCAGGCGAGCAGAGAGAAAAGGAAGAGGAGGGAGAAGAGAGGAAGAUCACAGCAUUCCUCCUCAGACAGAGAGAGAUGCAGGUCUCAGGAGACAUCCAGUGCCAUUGUCACUGCUGCAGUCACGGUGGCCCAAAGCUCGGAAAGUGACGCCUCAUCAGAUAAAGGCAGAACCAGCAUUAGUAGGAGGACAAGGAGAAGUGGGGGACUUGCUGUUGGAUCACCAGUGGUUGAGAAGGUGGCGAAGAGAAGGAUCAGAAGCAAGGGAGAUGACUCAGGGAGUCACACAGAAGAGAGUCAGUCUACUGGUGAGGAAUUAGGGAGUCCAAUUGAGGAAUCCAGGAGUGAAAAAGCAGGGGAUCAAAGUCCUAACCACAAAUCAGAGAGGUGUAGAGAGGAGUUGGGAUCCCAGAGGGAGGAGGAGGAAUCAGGAAGUGUUAGUUUAAAGAUUGAAAAUGGAGGUGGAUAUGAAAUAGAAAAGCAGCAGAGUAGCAGCUCUGAACAAAGCAGUGUAGGAGAAAAGGAUGAAGAGGAAGAGCAUGAGAAAGACCUGGGAAAUGGAGAUGAUGAUCAUGAAGAAAAAGAGGACAGUCAGACAGACGAAGAGCAAGAGGAGAGAGAUGUGGAGGAUGAUGAUGAGGCUUCUGAAAGAAAGACUACAACCAAGGAAGAAGAGGAGACAGGAGCAGAGGAUGAGAUGGAGGAAUCAGACAGGUUGAAGAAUGAAGACAGUGAGAACGGGAAACAGGCUUCUACAUCUUCUCAGGGUGAAGAGGUGGACGAAGAUGAGAGUGAAGGAGGUGAGGGCAAAAUGGAGGAGGAGGAGGGGGAGUCAGAUGAAGAGGAGGAAGGAGGGGGGGAGGAGGAAGAGGAGCAGAGAAGAUACAAAGCAGGAGAAGCAGAGGAGGAAAGAGAUUCAGAGGACAGUAUCAUCUUGCCACAGGACAACAAAUCUAAAAAGAUGCACAUUAUUCCUGAGGAGGCAAGUGAAGAUGUUGAGGAGGAGGAGGAGGAAGGGAGUAAAACAGAAUCCCCUGACGAUGACUCAAAAGAGUUCAGUGAUGAGGAUAUUGAGCAUCUACUAGCACCCCAAGAACAAUCACAGAAAAAAGAAGAAAAGGACCAGAGAGAAGAUGAGAAAUCCAAAGCAAUUUGUGACAAGGUGGAGAUUUUUCAAGUGGAGCUGGACAGAUCGACGAAGACGGAUCACCCAAAUGACUCUGAUGAGUUUGACCACUUUUAUGACUAAAAAGGUGUUGGUCAACUGCCUAAACCCCGAGAACAGAGGACAAUUCCCUACCUCAGUCACCUAGAAUUUAGUGUUAUAUUAAAAAUUAUUAAAUUAUAUUAAAAAACGAGGUCUGUUAAUGGUAAUGUUGAUUGUUUUGUUUUCUGCCAUUUGAUUGGAGAUUGAUGUGUUUAAUCAAUUAAUUUCCAUCCAAAAAUAAAAAAUCUCUCCCCUGGAAUAACUCCACUACAUCAAACUGCAUUAAAUACAUAUUAAACAAU